UGAAUCUGAGCCUCCCAUUUUGUUCAUCCUCUCUCCAUUGACGCUGCUGCCGAAUAGAAAUCAUACGUAUACGUAUAUCAGCUGUAUGUAUUAAUACCGUCCUUCGUCGCCAAGUUAUCGCUUUAUUAAUUUUCUACUCCACAAAACCCCAACAACCUUUCCCAAUUCUUCUUGCUUUUCAAACCCAUCCAUCCACACUCUUCAGAUCACUCCAAUUCUUCACUCCGAUUCUGGGUCAACUCUUACCUAAAGGUUAUUGUUGGGGUUCCUAGAGGUGAAUUGAUCGGAGAGAUUAUUUCAGCUGGAGAACGAAGGAGAAAUUGGCUGGACCAUUCAAAGAAAUUCUUUUAGCAGUGGGAUUGGAGUCACCGUGCCCAAGGCUAGGACGCGUUACAAAUCGAAAGCUAGGGUUUGAUGAUAAUGAUAUAAUCAUCAAUCUUGAUUCAAGAAGAAGGAACUUUGUAUUUGUUUGUUUAGGAGAAACCAAAAUUCAGAACAAAUAAGGGGUUGUUGCUAGAAUUUGAGAAAACAAAAGAAGGAUGACUCGUGUUUUUGUUCAGAGAAGUUCUGCUGCUGGUUCUUCUUCAUCAACCAACAAUACAAACAGGUCGAGUUUGGGUCCACCUCAGCCUCAGGUUGUGGAAGCUGAGCAAGAACCUCAAGAACAAGUUCUGUGUGAGGAUCUUCCACUAGAAAAUGUCGAAACUGGUAAAGAUGAGGAUCUUGAUGUACCCAUUAGUGAUAAAAAUGAAGAUGAGACUGUGGUUGGCUCAGAGGGGGAUGUUUUGAGAAGAGUCAGUGCUUUGAGGGUAAUUGAUGAGGGGGAGGAAGAGAAUGAUGCUAUAAAGAAUGAUGAUUAUGCUUUGCAGGUGAUUCGCGGCAGUUCCUAUCCACCGCCACCACCAGCCCCACCCCCCAAACCUUCUUCAAAUUUCAACUCCAAAAAAUCUGUGCCUUUACGGAUUGGAUCAUCUAGAAGAGCAAAUGUUUGGCCGGUUGUAUCUACUAGGACAUCGCCAACAGGUUCUCGGCCUUCUUCGCCAAGGUCCCAUGGUGAAAAUGAGGGAUAUAAUAGUGCUGAUGAACAGAGCCCUCGCUAUGGAUCCUCUUAUGAUAAUACUGAAAGGGAGCGACAGUUUGAAAUUGAUAUUAGACGUGUACAAGGUUUCGAAGUCAAAAAAAUGUUGGAAGAUGGGAACUGCCUGUUCCGUGCUGUUGCAGAUCAAGUGUAUGGUGACUCAGAAGCAUAUGAUUUGGUUAGGCAAAUGUGCAUAGAUUACAUGGAACGAGAAAGGGAUCAUUUCUCUCAGUUUAUAACCGAAGGUUUCACUUGUUAUUGCAAGAGAAAGAGAAGAGAUAAAGUAUAUGGUAACAAUGUGGAGAUUCAAGCUUUAUCUGAAAUGUACAAUCGGCCUAUUCAUAUCUAUUCCUAUAGCAGUGAGCCUAUAAACAUUUUCCAUGGAAGCUAUAAUACCGACACACCUCCAAUACAAUUAAGUUACCAUCAUGGAAACCACUACAACUCUCUUGUUGAUCCACGCCGACUCACGAUAGGUGCUGGACUUGGUUUUAGCUCUCUGCAGGGGAGAAAUGUUGAUAAAGACCAAGUCAAGGCAGCAAUCAAAGCUCAACAAGACCAACAGAUCGAUAAUGCUCUCCUAGCAGAGGCACGAUUUUACUCGGAUGUAGAGCUUACCGAGAAAGAAAUAGAGUGCAUGGUAAUGGAGGCCUCGAGAGCCGAAUACAUUGCUAACGACAGGUUUAAGCAACAGCUUGGUCCAAGAGAAUCUUCAUCAUCUGAUGCUGAACCAUCAUCUUCUGGGGCCAGGGCAGAGAUGAGGAAAGAACAAGGAGUGGCAGAUAAAAGCAUGCAGAUGGUGUUGUCUAUGGGAUUCAGCUACAUGCAAGCGAUUGAGGCUUACAGUAUAUUUGGAGAUGAUGUUGAUUCGAUGGUUUGUUAUCUUUUGGAAACGAGUAGCAGGCGAAAAGGCAAGGCGACUACCGAGUGAGCAAAGAAAUAAGACUGGUGGAAGUCAUGUUUUUUGUAUAAAAAAAAGGUGCCAUCUGAGUGGGGUGGUGAUGCUUUCUUUCUUUAUCUUGCUUUUACUGAAUCUGAAUCUGGAUACGAGAUGAGUCAUGAGUCUUUUAUAAAGUGAAAGUGGAUCUUCCUCUUUAUUGAAUCUGAUAUGAUCUUUCUUUUUGGCAUGUGUAAUAUGCUUUUAUUCAAUCUGGCUACUCAUACAUCAAUCAUAACAUCAUUUUUAUUCUAUUGUUUUCGAUUUGGAUCGGAAAUUAUCAGC